AUGAAAAGUCGAGAGGAGAGCAAUUCGAGUUUAAAAUCUCUGGGAGGCUUCACAAAGAAAGAUGACAUUUUGAUGGGAAAUACAACUUUAAAGGAACGUAUUAGAAAUGCAAUAGCCGAACGGAAGUUCCGGACGAUGUGCUUGUUUGAUUCCAUUCUCUUGCUGUGGCUCUCAAAGCUUAAACUUCUCUGGAGAGAUAGUGAUGUACUUCACCGUCCGUGUUUCGUCUACUUGCUUCUGGUACGCGCCUGUAUCGAACGAAACCCAGGACCUGAGACUAUUAGGGAUCGUGUCUUUGAAAUCAAACUCGAUGAUCCGACGAUGCUGGAACAAUUGCGGACAAUUAAAACCAAAAAAACACUGGACGGCAUUUUUUCUUUCAUGGAGGGCUACAUAAGAAAUAAAAAUAUGGAAUCCACGACAUUGUUUCUGUAUGUGCGCAGUGACAAUAGAAACGAGCUGCAUUGUUACAUGAUCCUAACGCUAAGCUCUUGGCCGGAAAUGAACUCAAUCGGGAGCGAUCAUUGUACACAGCAAUCUCAAUUUCUAGCAUACCGCAACCAGAACGAUUUUAUUGUAGUCUGUCCCAAGUUUGGAAAUACUAACGGAUUUGACUGUUUAAACGGUUGCAUAGAAAAGGUUAAAGAUAUAGUUCCCAUCCCGUUUACACAAAGUAUCAAUGAACACCUCUACCAACAAUUCUGCAACAGUGUCCGUGUUCAAACUUCAUAUAGUUAUUAUAAAAAUCUGUUUGACACAGGAAAUCCAAUUGCACCAGAAGAAAUACUACAUGAAGAUUGCGAUGUCCUACUGGUUAAACACUUUCUGUGUCACCAUGAAUGCACGUACACUACACAAUUUGGGUUUAUCCGAUGCCUUGAUGCUAGCUUGAAACUUAUAGUCACCAACACAGAGGUAACUCCAGCGAUGGUUCAAAAGUUAGCGCAGAGCAAUCGAAUGGUGAAAGACGUUGUUGAGGGCAAUUCUGGAAUAAUCAACGGAGAUAUGGGGUUUGAAAUGGAACAGUUUCAUGUAGCUGUUCUAAGCUUAGCAAACAUAGGUUGUCAUAAACCGGAGAUUGACGACAUUGUUUCGGAGCUACAGAGCAUUGACGAGCGUGGUGGCAUAGACGCGUGUAGAUCAAAUUUAAUUUUCAUAGGCGGACAGUGAUGAUUGAUAUUGCACAAAACACAACAAACAUCAUUCCACCAUUUAAUGAGUGGCAUCAGUAUUCAAUAUUAUUAUAAAAUCACUAAAUUGUUUAUAACAUAGAUCUAUAUGAAUUAAUGAAGUGAAUUUGUGGAGAAACUCAGUGAAACUAUUUCAACUUGUUUCUAUCUGAGAAAACUGGUUUCCAUAGAUACGAUUACGGAAUACAUUUGUCUGUUAAUCUGUCUGGUUACUGUAUUAUCAUAUUAAUCUGUUUUAUAUUUUUAAAUAUUUCUGAUUAGUUUAUUGUCAUAAUAUAAUGCACUUAGUUUUGUAGCUACUAUAAUCGAACAUUCAUUAUUUCGUCUGCUUUUCUAUUUUAGUAUAUUCUGUAUGGUUAAUUUAUUAUCAUAUGAGGCUGUUUUAUGUUUUUAAAUAUGUCUGGUUAUUGUAUUGUCAUAAUACGGUGAACAGGAUUUUUGCCAGUUUUUGUAGCUGGCAUAUUCGAACAUCAAAUAUUUCGUCUGUUUUUAUAUUUUAAUAUAAUGUGUCUCGUUAUUUUAUUGUCAUAUGAGUCUGUUUAUAUGUUGUUUAAAUAUGUCAGGUUAUUUUAUUGUCAAUUGUAUUUGCCUUCAUUUGUAUUUGCCUUCUUGUCACAGUGCUGGAAAAUUCUGUUUGCCGGGGUCGGAUUGGCAUCCGUACUUUUCUAAAGCAUUUAUCUCACCAAGCUAACUUAAGCGACAAUGACUCAACACUUUUGCUCGAAUGGACAUGCUUAGUAUAAGACCCGAGUCCUAUCGGGUAAUUCCAAUCGCUUGUUGAAUGAUUAUUGGUAUUAAAUAUCCGAGUUAAAGUGUUUAAUCGCUGGUUGAGUGAUUAUUAUCAAAGGUGAGAAAUCACUUUUAAGCGAUUAUAGGUGUAAAAUGUCCGAGUUUAAAAAGUGAAAUUCGCUGGUUGACUGAUUAUUGGUAUUAAAUGUCGGAGUUGCAAAAGUUAGAAAUCGCUGGUUGACCGAUUAUUUGGUAUUAAAUGUCCGAGUUGAAAAAUGUGAUAUCGCUGGCUGAGCGAUUAUCGGUAUAAAAAGGUAUGUGAAAAGGUGCAAUCGCUGGUUGAGCAAUAAUUGGUAUACGAAAGUCGUGUUAAUAAGUAUAAUCACUGGUUGAGCGAUAAGUGGUAUUAAAGAGUGGUGUAAAAAUGUGAUCGCUGGUCAA